AUGGAUUCGAAUAAAACUUGUUUUUAUGAACCAGUUGACGGUUGGGAAGAUCAAAUUUUUUAUGUUAUCUAUUAUUCUGGUGUACCUAUCACAGAUACAGAGAUAAUAAAAGGUUUAUAUUAUACUUUUAAUUCUUUCCGGUCUGGGUUAUUUUGAUAAUUUUUGACUCACCUGUGCGCCCAUAUAAAUCUUGCAAUCCUUUGUCUCCAGAAAACUUCUGAAGAGAAUUAUGUAGUUACACACAUUGGUUACACCAGAUUUUUUUCGCUUUUCCUCAUGGGGGGGGGGGGGGGAAUAAUUUUUAAGAUA